UACAACUUACACAAGUAUUGAGUGAGUCAAUUGUAGCACCCACCGUCCCCAUGGCCGUCUCCGACAUUUUCAAGGUCACUCGUAUCCUCGGUGGAGUCGUGGAGAACGCUCAGGUGAUCGGCAAGCUGUAUCUGCGCCAGAUCACGGGCACGAAUCAGUCAUACGUGAUAGAGCCCAAUGCCGUGACAGGGCUAGGUGAAAUUGGUGUCAACAACUGGGCAAUCUAUGACGGCACUGGCUCCCAAGCGAACCUGGUUGCCAACGGGCAAGGCAUGUACACAUAUACCGUCAACUGGAACCAAUCCUUCACCCUGGUGUUUAAGGUCGAAAGGUUCAAGGAGUCCACUCUUCAGGUUAUGGGAGCAUCAUCUCCUGACAAAGAAAAUGAGUGGGCCAUUGUAGGUGGGACUGGUGAAUUCGCAAUGGCACGUGGUACCAUCAAGAGAAGAGUAAGUAGUGUAACAGGCGGCACAUCAACACAAGAGCUUACUAUUGAAUUCUUCUGCCGCAUGAAGGUCGUCCCUUCACCUACAAUGAGAGGACCAUGGGGUGGAAAUGAAGGCUCCCUUUGUGAAAUGCGAGGCAAGUCUCAACGUCUAGAAAGUGUGACAAUCAACCAUGGGGGUGUAGUUCAUGCGAUUGGAUUUUCCUACAUUGACGAAGACGGGCGAAUCCGCAACGCUGGUAUUUGGGGUGAUAUUAAGACGGGCCGGGCAGAUAAGACCGAAACAAUAAAGUUUGGUCCAUCAGAGUUGGUGAAGCAGAUCAUUGGGAGAACUGAUAGAAGCCCAAUGUUGCAUAUUUCAAAAUUGCAGAUCGUCACCAACUACAAUACGUAUGGUCCUUUUGGAACUUGGACCCCCUCCGGUCAAUUCAGCUACACCGUGCCGGCGGAUGAGAUCGUGGUUGGCUUCUAUGCAAAAACUAAGGAUAUCAUCAAUACGAUUGGUGUUUACACCAUCUAAAUCAUUCAGUAUUCGACCCUGCUGCAGCCUGCAGCUACGUACCUGCAUAUGUUCCUUUUAAUCAUCAGAGUGUCUGGUUUCCUCCCGUUUCCACUGUUCCAGUAAUAAGAUGGCUAGCUAACGAGGGUGUCUGUCCCCUUGUCCUAUGCCUGUUGCAUUGUGAUCUUUCAUAAUCAAAUCGGUCGUGUAACAUCUUUCCUUUUUUCGCUUUGCAAUGUUCAAUAAUGAUGUAAUUUUCAGAGAUUGUUUUC